AUGGCCAAGCGCAAGGGCAGGGGCCAGGGUGAUGCUACCAUGGAUGAUCGUGUCAUCUCCAAGAAAAGGAAGCUGAUCAAUGACGAAGUGAAUGACAGCGACGAGGAAUGUAAGAAGAGCAAAACACAAGAGGUGGGGAGUCCUAAGCCCAGUGGCAGGGUAGUAGAGGGAGGGGACGAGGAAGAGGUGGUGGUGGCCGAGCGGCCAGAGCAACCAAAAGAGAGAAUAUGGACCGCGAGAUGGAACUUGAGACCACCACGGUGGAACAGCCACCUCCAUAAAACAGUAUCCAGAUGCAUGCAUUUGUCUCAUCACCACAACAAAACGAGAAGAAAGAUGUUGACGGUAACAUUGCAGCAUUAA